AUAAUAACAACAUCUAGGGACGAAACCGCACAUUUCCCCUAAACCCCACAAAUUAAUCGCCCUCUCCUCGCAAAUAUAGCGGUUCAAUUUCAAAGAUUGUCACUGGCAGAGAGUCCGAUUGCACAGCAGGGAUCGGUGCCGGGGAAAGUUGAAGGCCGGGAAUACGACAAUGGCGUCCUCGUCCAGCAGCGGUUUAACGUUCAAGCUACACCCACUUGUUAUAGUUAAUAUAUCCGAUCACUAUACUCGGGUCAAGUCUCAGAUAAACCCUCCCGUUACCUCCACCGCUAAUACUGUUUCUAGCAGCACCAACGGCGCCGGCAAUGGUGUCAGCACUGCUGUUUCAGCUGCAACGCGGCCAACGAGAGUCUAUGGAUGUGUUAUAGGAGUGCAGAGGGGACGCACCGUUGAGAUUUUCAAUAGUUUUGAACUUCUCUAUGAUCCCAUCACCCACUCUCUACACCGAGGUUUCCUUGAGAAGAAGCAAGAGCUCUAUAAGAAGGUUUUCCCUCAUUUUUACGUACUGGGAUGGUAUUCAACGGGUAGUGAUGCUGAGGAAUCCGAUAUGCAUAUUCACAAGGCUCUGAUGGAUAUUAAUGAAAACCCUGUAUAUGUUCUACUCAAUCCUAUAAUCAAUCCAGCCCAGAAGGAUCUGCCUGUGACUAUAUAUGAAAGUGAGCUGCACGUCAUAGAUGGCAUUCCACAGCUUAUCUUUGUUCAUUCGAGUUACACGAUUGAGACAGUGGAAGCUGAAAGAAUAUCAGUUGAUCAUGUGGCACAUCUGAAGCCAUCUGAUGGAGGCUCUGCGGCAACUCAAUUGGCUGCUCAUCUUACUGGUAUGCAUAGUGCCAUCAAGAUGCUGAAUAGCAGAAUUAGGGUGCUUCAUCACUAUCUUGUUGCAAUGCAGAAAGGUGAAAUUCCUUGCGAGAACUCAUUAUUAAGACAAGUAUCAAGCCUUUUGAGAAGAUUGCCAGCCAUUGAAUCAGAAAAAUUUCAAGAUGAUUUCUUGAUGGAAUACAAUGAUACGUUAUUGAUCACUUACCUGGCCAUGUUUACCAACUGCUCAAGCACAAUGAAUGAGGUAGUCGACAAAUUCAACACUGCCUACGACAGGCAUAGUCGAAGGGGUGGACGAACUGCUUUCAUCUGAAGUUGCUGUAGUUGAUAACUUAAACUAGACAAAAAUCAUCUCGUAUUAUACCUAGACACUCAAAUCUAUCUCCAAUCAUGUUUGAACAAGUCCUCCAUUUAUAAUCGCAUACUCCCCACCUUUCAAUGUUAUUAUAUAUUAUAGAUGAAAAUAUUAUAUAAAAUUAUGGAUUUUUGAUAUUAUUUUGAUAUUAAAAUUUAAGGUUUGUUAGUUUGAUACAG